ACGCGCGUUGAUUGGGCAGAAUCCGGGAAGGGGCGGGAGUGGUUAAAGAGCCGCCCGGCGCGGCGGAGGCGGGCGGUUUAGAUUGGAGUCGGGUAUGAGCGAGCGUCGCGGCGGCGGCUCGGUAGCGGCGGUGCGGUGUUGAUGCAGGUAGCGGGGCCUCGAACGGGCUGGCCGGGCCUGAGGAGCGGGGGGCGGCCGUUGGUGUGGCUGUCCCGUCGACACGCGGCUCCGGUCCUCCGCUCCCUGCUGUGUGCGCUGCUUGGUCUGCGAGGAGUGUGAGGCCUUAUCGCUGCGGGGCAGCGACCCCGGCUGCUGCUGACAGCUGCUCGCCUCUGAGGCCCCACAGUGCCGCCGUUCGGAACAGCGCGCUGCUAUGGGCGAUACGGAAGAAGCCCAAAUGCAGAUCAGCCCCGAAACUCCUGGGCGGGUCACAGUCCUGAAUCCUUUCGAAAGUCCCAAUGAUUAUUGCACCCUUCAGGAGCAGAUUGUCUCCAGUCCUUCCGUCUUCAAAUCAACAAAAUCUUCAUCUACACCAGGAAAAUUUAGAUGGUCUAUUGAUCAGCUUGCUUUAAUAAAUCCUGUGGAAAUUGACUCAGAAGAUAUCCGACGCCAAGCAAUGUAUUUGAGUCACGCUAGAAUUGAUAAGGAGACAGAAGAGAGGAGGCAGAAAGCCAUUGAGGAGUUUUUCACAAAGAGUCUCAUAGUUCCUUCUCCUUGGACUGAACAUGAAGGCAAGCAAGUUUCACAGUUUAAUUCAACAAAAUCCAUAGAUCUAAAUAACAUUUCUCCAAUUGGAAGACAGCUAACUUUGCCUGGGAAAACCAAUGCUGCUUGUCAAACAGUACUGUCUUUGCCAGUAGACUUUAAUUUAGAGAAAAUCCUAGGUGAAUAUUUUAGAACUGAUGAAUUUGCAGAUCAGUCUCAGGAAAAUCUGAGCUCUUCAUCACUCCGAAGAAAGCUGUUUUUGGAAGAAAAUGGAAACAUAUCUGAAUGUUUGACCCCUUCUCUGCAUAAUCCAUGCAGUAGUCAGCCACUUGGAGUGCUCUGCUCAAUAGAUAUAUCUCCAGUUCGGUGUAGAACCCCCCUGGAAACAUCUAGUUCAGGUCAGUUUUCAUCCAGCCCUAUCCAGGGAGGAGCAAGGACUUACAGUCUGGGAAGCAUUACCAGUCCCUCAUUUCCAGAAGGGUCUCCUGCACGUAAUGGUUCUCCUACUUUUUCACCUAUUGCUUUUCACAUAAGACAUACACCGCUGUCAGGCCUUGGAGCAAGGAGGCAGUGCUCUGUGAAAUACUGUGAAGCUGUCUAUAAUUAUUGUAAGGAGAAUAAGGCUUUGAGAACUAUAACUUAUAUUCCUUCUGUCUCAAAUAGAAUGACACCUGCAAGUACAAGAAGUCCUUAUAUAGAUGGUUGCUCUCCAAUUAAAAACUGUUCUCCAAUGAGGCUUGGAGGGUGUAGAGGAACUGCCCAGUACCAAACUUCUGUCAUUAGAAUACCAUUUGCUGUUGAAAAUCACGAUGAGGAUGAGGACAAGGAAAAUGCUUCUCCGGCAGAAGCGCGGUUCCCAGAAGUGGAAAAUGGAAUCAACUUCUGUCAGCAAGAUGGCGACACCUUUGCACCUGGUACACAUCUUGUCGUUGCAACGGUGUCUAUCACACCAGAUCAUUCGGAAGCUUGUCAUCAAAGGCUGUCAUCCUAUCAGGAUAUAGAAGGCUUGAAGGAAAAUAAUACUGUAGAUAUGGCUGAUGCAGCUGAAGUGUCAGAAAACACUUGGAUAAAAGAAACAAUUGGCAGUAGCAGUGCACCGAUGACCAGCUUUAUGACAGGGAUUACUUUCAGUAUUGAAAACUCUCGCAUGUGCAUGUCACCUCUUGCAGAAAGUAGUGCAAUUCCGUGCGACAACAGUAGUAUUCAGGUGGACAGCGGCUACAAUACCCAGACGUGUGGGAGCAGCAUCAUGGAUACUGCAGGGGCUGAAAACAGUUGCAGAGAAAAUGAUGUGAACACUAACACACUUCAGACUAAACCUCAACUUCCUAAGACAAAGGAGUGUUCUGUUUUAAACCACAAAGACAAUCAGUUGCUGGCAGCAAAAUCUCCAGAGAAGCAGUCCUGUUUCCAUAAAGUGAAAAUGCAUCACACAGUAUUUUGUCAAAGUGCGAGCUGUAACGUUUCUACCUGGAAACAUAAAAAUGAAAAUCAAGUUCAGGGAUUUCACACAAGUGGUAUGUAGUUCUGAUGGAGAACUUGAAUUGUGUUAUCCAAUAAAUGUUUAUAUAUAUAUAUGACCCCAUUUGCCUGGAUUGUACAAACUGUCUUGUUUUUCCUGAUGGAAACAUAAGUUGGUUAAUAUGUGGGGAGUUCUUAACAAAUGUGAUUUUUGGGGGAUUUUUAAUAAAACUUAUUGGUACUAUUAAGUGAUUGUUUUGAAAAUUAAGGAAGUUGAACUCUGUACAAAUAAAUCAUUGAGGAUUUUUCCUACCCGUUACCACUCUGCAGAGGCUUGUUGUUUUCAAAGUCUGGGUAUAACUUCAGCUUUAAGAAGGAGCUGCAAAAUGUGCACAACUCCUACAGACCUGAGGGGAGUUUCUCUUUGGGAGAGAAAGUAAGCAGUGUUAGUCUUGAUUUGAAUUGCUUUCUUCCUUGGCAGAUUUGUGUGGCUUGGUACCAAGAACACAGAUAGAGAUUAAGUGGAAAUGUGAUGGGAGUAGGGCUAGGGAAACAGGAAUGGGAUUGGAGUCUCGAUCUAAAAAGAAAUUAAACUCAGCUGUGACUUUCAUUAGCAACAUGUGUGUUUUACAACAGAUUGCAAACCAUUUAAAAUGGGUGCUUUUGAUUUUAAUGAUGCCCCAUUAGUCCUUCAUAUAUUUUCCUUGUGAACAGCUGCAUGAAAACUCCAUUACAAUUAUGGAAAUAAUGUAUCUUUUUUUCCAUAGUUAAAUCUUAAUUGCUUUUAGUAAUAAGAUGAGCUUCGUGUCUGAAGAAUCCUUUCCAUUCUUUGAGCAGCCUUUCUCUUGGUUUGACAGAAAUCAAGGAUAAGUGGCAGAAAUUCCUUUACAGGAAAACAGAAUCUCUUCCUUUCAGUCAAACAACUUAUUAAUGAAAGUGUGCAUCCAUCCGUUACCUGUACCAAAUGCUUAACUAAGAUGUACUACUCAGUACUUCCAAUUAAAUGAUUCCUUAAUGGAAUGGUGCUGCCUUUCUUGUAUUGCAGUAGACAACUGUAGUUUUACUUUCCCCUUAUUUGUUUCCCAAUUGUACUGUCUGCUGCAGAAAUGACCAAAAUAUUUAGAUAAGUAUUUUGACAUGUAAUUUUGGUAUGUCAAUUUCUGCCAAAACUAUUAGUUUUUAAAGAUCUCAUGAUAUCUUCAAUGGAAAAAAAGCCACUACUGAACAACGGUAAUAGAAUGAGGAAGUCUGGAAGCUGAGAACUCCUUUUGCAUUAUCAAAUGAGAUUUAGUUAAAUUGGAUUGUAUUUGCUUAAAAGGUUAUUUUCAAAUUAAUUUCUUGUUAAGUAUGGCAUUCUUCCAGCCCUGCUGACUAAAAAGGAGAUUCAAAGGGAAAUACUGUAAGGGAAAUACUGAAAUGUCUGCAUUUGUAGAGCUCUGCAGUAAACCUUUGUGGAUUAUUCAGAAUAUGUUCCAGUGGUUGCUCCAGCUGAAGUAGUGCUUGUUUCUUCUAGUAGCAAGGAUAACCAAUUCCAGGAUGCUGCAUGGAAAUAUGCUUCCAAUUCUGAGCAGCAGCUCACAGAAGGGCCUGUCUCAAAGUGACAAAUGCAUGCUAUUGGCACACUGAGCCUGAAAUAGUCGGUCGUGUCUAAAUGUCAAGGGGACUGGAAAACAUGUUAAAAAUUUGCAAUAUGAACAGAAUUGCAUAGCAUUACAAAGCAAUGGGUUAGAAUUGGGACUUCUGUGCAGCCGCUGUAUGAAUGGAACAAUUCCUGAAAAACUUUGAUCAAUGAUUUUACCAUAAAGAGUUGCUGAAAAAAUACACUUAAAAGAGAAACUUCUAUCAAUUAAACAGUAUUUAGUUUUAGUUCUCACAUUUCAUGCUAAAAGGUGAACUACACUGAAUUGAUUACUUAUAGAGGAUAAAAAAUUAAUUUGGACGUUUGGGAAAAUUUGGGAAAUGAGCAUGUUUAAUAGGGCAUCUGAAAUGAGCCUCAGAUGAUAAGGUUUGAAGCUCAAAGACUAGACAACAUUGUCAAUUUAAAAUAUAUUUAUUAUCUUGUCUUUUCUGUUUCUAAUGAUGAUUUUUAAGAAUGAGUUGGAGUGGUGAAUUGUAGAUUUUUGGAAUGUGCAAAGGAUUUAUUUUUUUU